AUGAAGAACUAUUUAGUUUUCCUUCUUGCUGCGACUAUUUUCUCUUUCACCAGCUCUCAAGAUGCUGCAGAGGAGAACCCAACUGUUGUGGAAGAAGAAGAGGAUCCAUUCUACAAGACUCCACUCAACAGGCUUGCAUCCUCUGCAUCCAACUUUGGCUAUGACCUUUUUCGCAUUCAAGCAAGCAAGAAUCCAUCCAUCAACAUCUUUAUGUCACCACUGACCCUUGCCACUGCUCUUUCAGCUAUUUCCCUGGGUGCUGGACAGCGGACUGAAUCCUUAAUACAUCGCACCCUGUACUAUGACCUGCUUAAUGACCCAAAGGUCCAUGCCACCUAUAAGGAGCUGCUCGCAAGUCUUUCUUCCAAGGAUAAAGGAGUAAAAAGCGCAUCUCGAGUCAUCUUGGAGAGAAGGCUCAGGCUAAAGCUUGAUUUUGUGACUCAGAUGGAAAAAUUCUACGGAUACAAGCCUCGUGUCUUGUCAGGAAAUGCACGCCUCGAUAUCUCAGAAGCCAAUGAUUUUGUACAAAAGAGGACGGAUGGGAAAGUUUUAAAAUUUUUUAAAGAAGUCCCUUCAGGUGUCAGUGUUCUCUUGCUUGGAGCUGCUUAUUUUAAAGGUCAGUGGGUGUACAAAUUUAAUCCCCGUGAAACCAUCCAACGUGAAUUCUACACAGAUGAGCAGACAUCCACCUCUGUUUCAAUGAUGACAGCCAACAAUGUUCCUGUGAGAUACGGCCUAGACUCCGAUUUUAGCUGCAGGAUUAUACAGCUGCCACUCAGUGGAGGAAUCAGCAUCAUGUUCUUCCUGCCUCUUACGGUAACCCAGAACCUUACCCUGAUUGAAGAGGGUUUAACAUCUGAAUUUGUCCAUGAUAUAGACCAGGCGUUACAAUCGGUCACCAUGAAGCUUAGUGUACCAAAAAUGAAGCUGGACUACGAGGCAGAACUUGGUAGCGCAUUUGCAGAUAUGAAGCUCCAGCCACUCUUCUUAACUCCAGACUUCAGUAAAAUUUCUUCCAAAUCUGUGAAGGUCACUCAGGCUGUUCACAAGGUUGUAAUGGAACUAAAUGAAGAUGGAAGAGAGGAAUCACCGAAGGUGGAUCCCAAGCAGAUCAAUUACUUCCCUCUAGAGUUCCAUUUGGAUCACCCAUUCAUCUUUGUACUUCGUGCUGAUGAUAACGGUGCGCUCCUGUUUAUUGGAAAAGUCAUGAAUCCUAAAGGACUUUCACGCUAA